AUGGAUGUCGACCCUCCUAACCCAAAUCUCCCUAAGCGACUCUCAGGCCGACUCUUUUCUGAGACACCACAGACAACGACCAAAGCGCAAGAUCCUCGGCUUGCCGGUACCGUUAGGCAAUCAAUUAAUCCUCAUCCGUCAAACGCCCAACAAGCACACCCUACGACUCCCACAAAACCUGCCUUCAUCACAAGAACUCCUACAAACCCCCUCCCACAAGUGCCUCCACUCUCGAUCCCUAACAGUGCCCUGAGCCCUAGGUCCACAGAAAGCCAAAGUGCCUCCGAUCAACAAAGCACAUCAUUUAUCUCAGAUUUGGUCAAUUCAUUGAUCAAAGUGAACAAGGGCGAGGAAGAGAAAGAGAGACUCCAAAAGGAAAUAGCUUCCAUCAACAAAAACCUACAGAGGGCGAAGCAAUCUCAACAAUUCCCCAGUGUCAUCGCUCUCUUCCAACAGCAGCUGGACGUGGCCAAAGAUGAAUUGGCCAACCAUGUCAAAUCUAUCGUGCAGCAUCGAUCACUCUCCAAGCAGGCGCAGGAUAAUUUCGACUCGACAUUGUUGCAGUCGAAGCUUCAGGCUCAGCUCAAAAACAUACCCGAGAGGGUCACGAGUCUGGAGUCCACAGUCAAAGGGAUGGGGCAACGUCCUGAACCAACCGCCGGCGGUGAUGAUCCAACGAAAGGGAAUAUCGAAAUCGGAUCAGCCCAAAAGGACUUGCGAAGCCAAGAUAUCGCUGAACUCAAAGAAAACCUUCGCCAAGUGCAGCAUACCAUCAAUAAUCCCGACGGAUUGCCGAAGGCACUGGAAUACAUGAUGAAAAUUGCGAACUCAGUUGCUCGUCAAUCUACAAAGAUUGGUCAAUUCACAACACAAAUUUCACAGCUUGAGGAUGAAGUGAAAGAUGUCGACAAGAAGCUUGAUGACAAAGUUGCUACCGUUGAAAAAAUGGUGGAUACCAUCGAGGAAGAACUGAAAAUUUCCAACGAGCAGCUUGAGACCAACAUUUCUGACGCUAGUUCCAAAUUGAAAACUACGAAUGAACAGGUUCAGAUCAAGCUUUUCUCCAUUGAAAGCGAUCUCAGAUCCCUCAAUACUAAGCGACGUGAUCUGAAUAAUCGCGCGUCGACUCAAGUUUCACAAAUUGAAACUGACUUGGAAGCUCAAAGGAAGCAGGCCACGGAGCAGAUUACCGCCCAGGAAAAUCUGGUGGCAUCACUCAGAAUCCAGCAGCAAAACAUUGACAACGGCGACCGACUCUCAUCAGAAGGAACCCCAAUUACCCAUAGUGGGGUGCUUACAAGAGUAGCGUCUCUGGAAAACAAAAUCCAGAGUCACGCAGGACUUCUUAACAAUAUUAAGAAACUCCAUAAGGAGGUAGAUCUCCUCCGUCUGUCCGAGCUGGCUGCCUUCCGCCAGAACCAAGAGUCGAGUCAAGCAAACCUGGAAGCAAGACACAAUGAGACUUUGCAGAAGGUGGAGGACCUGGCUAAAAAAUCAGAGGAAACGACCAAGAAUCAAACGGACAUCACCACAGAGUUUCACCAACUUCGGUCGUCCUUGCCAGCGACCUUGGAGCAGUGUCGAAGCCAUCUUCAAACUGGGCUAGAUGGAUUAGAAAAUCGCCUUGCUCCAGUAUCUGACCUUGCUCGGGCUUUAACAAAGUGCGAGGACAAAAUGGAGGCUCACGUCAGGGCUAUUCGGUCACUAGAACAACGAUAUAGCAACAUCACCACAGGGGACUUGGUCGAUCGCAUGGCAUGUGCCAUGCAGAAAAUGUACCCCUCUGUUGAUCAACUGAGUCGACAAUUGACGGCCCACCGAACCGAAAUUGAAGCCAGAAUUUCUGCGCUCAAGACAGACGUAGACGCGUUUAAAGCGGACACAGAGUCAUUCAAGGCAGAUACAACAAAGGCCCAGGCCAGUGCAGAGAGGCCUCAAGCAGCACAGGCGUCACCAGAGCAGCUCCAGACUUUGACUCAGUUACCGACUUUACUUCAACAGGUCAAAGACCUCUCUGAUAAGCUUGUACCUAUUGAGAGUCUCCUCCACGAGCAUGGUGUUGAGUUGCAGAGAAACCUUGAACUGCGAAGCGAAAUACAAAACAGGAUCACAGCCCAAGACGACACCAUCGGAGGCAUUGCUCAAAAGGCCGAUGAGCGGGUGGAAGAACUCGAAACGCUCACCAAGUCCACGGAACGGAUCGAUCCAUUCAUCACGGAGGCCAAUGCUCAAAUCUCGCAAAUCCAAGAAAUUCGACGAAAAGUCGACGAGUUAACUCAAGCUGCGGAGAGCAACGCUACCGCAUCGACAGAUCUCGGCGACCUCCAGAGACAGCUGAAAGGCUUAGAAGAUCGGAAAAAAGCGGAUGAUGCAGCUCUUGACGCACUCCGGAAAGAGCUUCAAGACUUGAAAGAUCGGAACGCAACCGACGAUAAAUAUUUCGGCGAACUCCAGGGACAGCUGAAAGCUUUUGAAGAUCGGAGACCACCGGUAUCACUGGAGCAAUUCAAUGGCCUAAGAGAGGAUGUGAAUAUGUACAUCAAACGUCUGAGGAAUGCCGAAGACACGUUCAAGUCACUUGGAAAAGAAGCAAUGGAUCCCGAUGCUAAAGAAGCAACGUAUCCCGAUACCCUCGAUAAACCAAUAGGGCAGCGCAUCGAUGGGCAGCAGACACCUCAGUCCCGACCAAAUGACCGUUCUCUUACCCCAAGGCCUCCCGUGACAUCCAAGACAGUCGCCAAGGGCCCCACGCUAGGUGGAUAUCAGCCAGUCCAACUCAACGGGAAGGGCCAGGCCGACAGCUCUACAAUAAGCGCUUCAAAGUUGAAACAUUCCACCUUGCAAGCCCGACAGCCAUCGCAGACGCCCAGUGGCCCUAGUAGCAGUCAGCUAUCGAUGUAUGCUGGCAAAUCUGUCGAACCCCGUCAAGUUCAAAAUCUGAAAGGAAAGCGACGGGUGUCCUCUGUAAUAGACUCUGAUGAAGAGAGGAACAGAACUGAACCCUCUUCGGUAGUCGAGCUUUCGCCAGCUCCCAGCUCUUCUGCCCCAUCAAAUUUAAACCAGGUCCCUAGCAGAAAGGAGAAAAAAAAAGCAAAGAAGAGAGCGGAACAGGCCGAGAACCCCAACGCUUUAAGCAGACCGGGCAAGAGGCGAAAACGAAGCAAGCAGGAUGAGUGA